GGGGCUUUUAUGUGUUCAAGUGAUCUAGCCAUCAAAUACCAAACAGUUAUCGUCGUGAGCAAGAAAACCCCCCAUUCAUCUUCAAAACUCUGUAAUCGCUCGUACGAUUCACACCCGUUCUUCUUUAAUCGUCAACAAUGGUGCUCGAGGCUACCAUGAUCUGCAUCGACAAUUCAGAAUGGAUGCGAAACGGUGAUUAUUCACCUACUAGGUUUCAGGCUCAAGCCGACGCUGUUAAUCUGAUUUGUGGCGCUAAAACUCAGUCUAAUCCGGAGAAUACUGUGGGCGUAUUGACAAUGGCCGGCAAAGGUGUUCGUGUUCUUGUCACUCCUACUAGCGAUCUUGGCAAGAUCCUAGCUUGCAUGCAUGGUUUAGAAAUAGGCGGUGAGAUGAACUUGGCAGCCGGGAUUCAAGUUGCUCAGUUGGCAUUGAAGCAUCGUCAAAACAAAAAGCAGCAACAGAGAAUAAUUGUGUUUGCUGGAGGUCCUGUAAAAUAUGAUAAGAAAGUAUUGGAGAUGAUCGGGAAGAAGUUAAAAAAGAACAGUGUCGCUCUUGACGUUGUGAACUUUGGUGAAGAAGAUGAAUCGAAGACAGAAAAGCUCGAGGCUCUUGUUGCGGCUGUAAACAAUAACGACAGCAGUCACAUUGUUCAUGUUCCAGCUGGAGCAAAUGCACUCUCUGACGUCCUUUUGAGUACUCCUAUCUUUACUGGUGAUGGAGAAGGUGGAAGUGGUUUUGCAGCGGCGGCUGCAGCGGCUGCAGCUGGCGGUGUAUCCGGUUUUGAUUUUGGUGUUGACCCGAAUCUGGAUCCUGAACUUGCACUUGCGCUUCGGGUUUCAAUGGAGGAAGAGAGAGCGAGGCAAGAAGCGGCUGCGAAAAAGGCUGCGGACGAUUCUUCAAAGCAAGGGAAAGAAGGGGAGUCGACUUCACAAGAUGCAACUAUGUCGGAAAAUGUCGGGACUUCGGUUUCUGAAUCUGAGAAUAAAAAGGAUGAUUUAAUGGAUGACGAGAAUGCGCUGCUACAGCAGGCUCUUGCCAUGUCAAUGGAUGACCCUUCUGCCACCGUUACAACAAGGGACACUGAUAUGUCAGAGGCGGCUGCCGAUGAUCAAGACUUGGCUCUCGCUCUACAAUAUUCUAUGCAAGAAGGUGCAAAAGAUCAAUCGGAUAUGGGCAAACUGUUGGCAGAUCAAUCAUUCGUGUCAUCAAUUCUUACUUCCCUCCCUGGAGUUGACCCGAAUGAUCCAUCGGUCAAAGAUUUGCUUGCGUCUAUGCAAAAUCAGCCUGAGAAGAAAGAUGAUGAUGAGAAAGCGCCGAAAGAAGAUGACAAGUGAUCUAUCUUUUCUUUAAUCAGUAUAAUCCCGGGUGACUGCAUUUGGUGGAGGAUAAUGGGAUAGAUUACAAUGUAUGAAAUACUAUUCCUGUUACCAUGGAUUUGUUUUACUUUUGGUGUUUGUUUAAUUAUGCUACUUGGAAAGUCAAAUUCUCGUUUGUAUGUUUUAAACUGCCUCCCCUCGUUUAAUUCAAAUCGUUGGCCUUCUUUUUUCUAUUUAA